GUGCUGAAAUAAAGUUGGUCACCUAGAGGUUUAGGUGGAUGAGAAAAAAAGAACUUCCACUAAUUAGCACCAUCGUAAAUCUUUGAGACCGAUGGCAACAAGCAAAGCUCAUGCAACAUGGGCAGACCUUCAGGAAAGUUUAAACCGCGUGCGGCAACAAUAUGGCCUGUUACCACGAGCAGGAUGGGAAAGUCUCAUUGAGAUGACUGCGUAUGAAAAAGCCAUUUUGGCAAAACAGAGGGCUAAAAAAAAGACAAAACUACUCCUGCCAAGCAUCUCAGAUGAUGACUCCAGUUCCACCAUUCAUACCAGAAGAGGGAGCAAGCAAUAUGACAGGUCUGAAAAACACCACGAUAUCUACAAAACCCAUUCUGUAAAGAAAACCGAACAGCGUGGAAAGGCAAAGACAAAACUGGAAAAUGGAGUAUUUAAAUAUUACACAGAAAACCAUCUUUUUGCCGUGGAUUUUGUAAACUCCUUUGUGUCGGAGAUGUUACUCAGUGAGAUUAUCCCAGAUGUGUUAAUUGAGGCCCUGGCUGAGACCACCACAAAGAUAUGGCUGCAAUCAAAGAAAUCAAAUAAAAAAACAAGGUCAAGGGAAGAAAGAACUAAUUCCAUUCAUGAGUCAUGCUCAUUGUCGAUCUUGAAGGAAUUGGUGGCUGAAGUUGUGGGUGAUCUAUCUACUCAUGUAGUCAGAAGCACAAUUAAGGAGUUUGUGGAUGAUCACCUGCUAAGGACUGCUGUUUAUGAUUUUAUGGAUGAAAUUUGUUACAAUAUAAUACAAACAGAAACACCAUUACUGGUAAAAGAAAUAAAAGAUGAAAUGCAUAUAGAUGGAAUGCUGCAAUACCUAAUAGACAGUGUGAUUGAGAAAGAAGUGAAAGAUAUCAUCAGCACCGUCUUCAAUGAAUAUGAAGCCCAGCUAUCUGAAUUGCAGCACAAUCAGAUUUCAAGAAGUGCAGGUAAAUACUUGAUCGACGUGUUUUUCCUGGAGCAUUUAAUUGAAAUGACUAGAACACAGGAAGUGAGUGGAUUUGGAAAAGAUUCCUCAUUGAUUCUGUUGGACAGUAUCAUGCUAGAUACUCUCAUAAGUCAACAUCUACAGAUUCAACAUGGACAACAAUCUACUCUAGAAAACCACCCUGUGAUGGUCCUGCAUCAAAAAGCUUUUAGCAAAGUGGCUCUAGAAGUUAUGUUGACAGAACUGAAUCUGAUGUUAGAUGAAGAUAUGGAAGAUAUUUUUGAAUAUGAGAGAGACUUGGAGCUGUGAGGUGUUACGUGAAAUCGUAGAGAGACGGAUAGAUACCAAUGUGGCAAAUCAUAUAUAUCACAGAUAUUUGCAAUACCUUAAUUAGACUCUCAAAAUAUUUGACUAUGCACUCAGUGAUAUAUUUCAGUGUAUUCUAAGCUCACAUGGUCAUCCAUGCUACAACAUAACAACUGGACUGGAUUCCUCACUGGAUAACCUGGACACAAAAUUUGACUGCAAAUAGGAACUAUUAGGCCAAUCUAGUCAGCCUGUUUUUCUUGAUAUAUGACUCAGGUCUUAAUUAUUCUUUGAGGGUAGCUUUAUGCCAUGCAUGUUUAAAUUCUAAACAGGCAUUGAUUACCCUCAAGCAACUUGAGGGUUGAUUACUGUGCAAACAGCUUGUUUUUAAACUUGCUUUAACUUGGCUCUCAUGCAGUCCAGUGUAUGUAAGCUGUGUGUGAUUGGAAAUCUGAGUUGGCUUUAGUGGAUUUGUGAGCUGGAUUUAAUAAUAUGAGUUUGCUAGUCCCAACUCCCAUGCCAUUGCAGCUUGUUAAACACACCUGCCUGAUGCAUUUUGGAAAUAUUGCAAAUUCCAUGUGAGCACCAAAAUAUGUGCAAUUAACAUAAACAACACAAGGGGGAGCCCUAAUACUAGAAUUAUAAAUACUGGAGCUUCAACACACUGGAAACUCUUUGGUUAGUAAAAACCAGGCUGUUCCUGUGAGUGCACACAACAUUACAUUAUAUUACGUUUAUUUAUAAAGCGCCGGCAGAUUACGCAGCGCUGUUACAGUCGGUAGAACAAUUUAGAAACACAUACAAUAACAAACUGGUGCAAAGGAGAAGAGGUUCAUUACAUUGUAAAACAAAUGUUAAUGGUGUAAGUACUCCUCGUAAAAUGUUUAAGGGAUUGUUUUGUAACAUUUAUUGACGUAUUUAAUAUACAAUGCUAAAUUCUUGACAAUAAAUCUGUUUUAACACAAACAGAGAAACAUGCCGGUUACACCGAGGAAUUUGUUUUCUCUUGAGUUUAAGUAUGUGUGGUAGAUCUGCCCCAUCUCAGCUACAUUUAUGUGUGCAGGUGUACAAAGGGAGCACAGAAAAGAUUCAGUCAGGGCGUAAAGCACUUAGCACGGUAGCUACGGUAUAUGUAGUAAUGCAAAUAAAAUGCAUAACAUAUAAGAAUAUUGCCUAUUAACUAUGUUGUAUGCAUCUUUGUGUCAGCAGCUAUUGUA